AUGGGUUUACUAUCAACCCGUUUCCUCCGCAUCCCGCGGCCAACGACAUUCCUUUAUGUGAUGAGUCUCCGGACCGGCGCUUCUCUCAUCACUUUGUCCCUCCUUCUCAAUAAGAUCAGUGGUCUCUAUGGCCUUCUCGCCCUCCUGACCGGCUACCAUCUCUCCCCUGUCCAACUGUCCAUGUACCUGUAUUCCCUUGUCGCUCUCGGUCUCGCCGCGCUCCUCUUCCCCCAUAUCCGGAAACAGACCCCCCUGCAAUGUCUGGCCCUCGCGUGGCUGUACGUGUUCGACAGCGUCAUCAACGCCGCCUAUACCGCGGCCUUUGGUGUGACCUGGUUCUUGGUGAUCUCCCAGCACUACGACAGCGACGUGGCAUCCGGCCCCGGAAGCGAGACGAUCGAACAGACCGCCGGCUUCACCAACCCCAAGUACGACACGUCCGACUACAGUUCCAACGAUCACGCGGCGAGAUCCGCGCUGGAUGAUGGGCUGAGCAAUGCCGUGUCCCAGCCCGAGAGCUUCCAAAGCAUCGUCUGCAUCUGUCUGCUGUGGAUCGUCCGCGCUUACUUCGUGUUUGUCAUGCUGGCGUUCGCCCGCCAAGCCUUGCGCCGCUACAUGGCAGUGCCUCGCCACACCCAGCUGCCCACCCAUAGCCGCAGCACCUCCAUGGCCAGCGUCGCCAGUGUGGCCGACAUCGACCGCGAGCCGUUCUCCCCCUUCAGCCCCGAAGGCCAAGGCUGGAAGGGCAAACUGGGUCGCGCCAUGAUCGGCAUCGGUCGCAAUUACUGGCUGGGUGAGGAUGAGGACAACAGCAGCUGGAUGAACGUGGUCGGCCCCCGGCUCCAACCCCGGGUCGAGACUGACAGUGGGCUUCUUCCCGGUCCCAUCGAGCGGGAGCGGCGCCGUCGCUCGGGGACUGGGCCUCCGCAGCCCUCCCAGUCCGCUGUCCAGGCGGCCGCCUUGCAACAGCCCAUCUAUGAGCAACCCCCGCCCUGCAUCAAUGUCAAGAUGCACGACUGGAACGACCCGCGGUAA